AUGUCAAAACAUCUCACCAUGAAAACAUAACCUCGUCGGUCACUGGAUUUCUGCUUUGCGUCUUCCUAAUCAGUUCGAGUUAAUUAAAUAAAAAUGAGGUUCCCGCGAAUUGCAGAGAAAAUUAGGCAACUCACGCUUCCUUCAACGGAUGCAAAGUACAUGAUAAACAGAAACCCGCGCAACCUGGAACUGCUGCGGAUCGCCUACAAGCCAGAUGGGUACCAUCUCGACAAGCCAGGCCGCAGUUUUUGGUACAAACUCGAAGUAAACCCAUCAGGACGCUAUGUGACGGCUCAGGUGAAGCAUUUCGAGUCGGGCCCAGUGGUAACAGCGAGCACAUCAGAGUGGGCGAUCAAGAAACAGUUGUUCAAGACAAAGGACACAUCGGCCUACGUGAAUCUGGCGAGGGUCCUUGCUCAACGUUGCCUCGAGUCAGGACUAAUCGAAAUGCGCUGCGACAUAACACCCAACCCAAACAGCAAAUUGGACAAAUUCCUGAGAACCCUUGAAGAAAACGGUCUGAAACUGUCCGAACCGGAGCGCUUCGAGGCACCUCGCCCGUGGAACCGACACCGUCCGGAGAAGCCCUGGGAAGUCACUGAGUGAAAACACCCGAACGUUAUUGUAAACUUUAUUUAUUUUGUCUUAAACGCAAAUACAUUAAGAUGUUGCAAAGUUAGACUAAAA